CGUUGUUAAUGUAUUUAUCGAUAUUUCAAUUGCCAAAGUAAAUAAUUGUUAAAGUAAAAUGAAUUUUCAUAAAUUAAAUAUUACUGCCGGCAUUUCAAUAAGAUGUUUGAAGUAUUCAACUAAUGCUACAAAGCCAGAACUACCUGCAUCCUUUGUCAAUGAUAAUGUGGAAUAUGAGAUCUCCAGAGACAAAUCUGGUCUUCGACGACAGCAUAAGAAUAUUCUUCAUGAAACAAACCCAUAUAGUGAGGCUCACUCAUGGAUACAUUUAACGGAGAAAUAUCAACGGGGAGUGUAUGGAAAAUAUGGUGCAAAGAGUAACAUUAGUCCCCAAAUUUGCUUUGGAACUAAAUCGGAAAUAGCCGCAGCGAAAAAGUUCCAGACCAUUACGCAACCCAAAACAAUUCAACAGAUGAUUGAGACGGCGCGAGCCGCAAAGGCGGCUAAAUUGGCAGCAGUCGUUGAACGUGAGGAUGGCAUUGCUAAGAAAUUGGAGAAAUUGGAACAAUGGAAGGCUGACCUUAAUGCAAAGGUUGCAAAGAGGGAAGCCGAUGCUGCAGCUGCAAUUGCGCGAAAGGAACGAUUAAUAGAGGAAGUUCGCCGGCAUUUCGGAUUCAAGGUGGAUACACGAGAUGAGCGUUUCAAGGAAAUGCUCGAGCAGAAGGAGAAGGAGGAUAAGCGAAAACAAAAAGAAGCCAAGCGAAAAGUCAAAGAGGAAAAGAUGAUGGCAAAAUUAGUUAAACAAACAUCUUAGUGUAAUUGUAUAAAAGAGCAGACAAUAUACAUAAACAACGUUGUUGAAAUUUA